AUGAGCGGCAAUGGGCGGGUGUCAUUUGGUUUUAGCAGAUCGGCCAGUAGGACUAAGAUACUGCAGCAUUUAGGAUCGCCGGAUGAAGCUGAGCCGAAGAAAAAUCCUGUUACCUACGUUACAUCGUAUGAAACUUGUGCUCCGCAGAGCGAAUCAGGUUUUCCCAACAGCAGAGUUGUUAUUCCCCUUCGGAUAUCUUGUUCAAACAUACUCGAGCGGCUGGAAAAAAGAUCAGUCGAAUCGGACGCCUCUGAUAAGUUGACUGUUGGGUCCUUCAAAUCUCCUGAGAUCUCAAAUCUCGUUACUGUUGAAUCGGCUAAGAAAAACAGCAUUGUCACUGGGUCAUUUGAGAAUGCAGGUUCAUCCGUUGAAGACGCAGUUGAUCCUGAUUAUGAUCAAGUUCCUGUUGAAGGUUUCGGAUUGGCUUUGCUGAAGGGGAUGGGGUUGGAUGAAGACGAAAUGAAGCAGCAAACUUCAAAGAGCUUUGCUGCCAAAAUGCGUUUGAAAGGACUUGGACUUGGUGCUGAUCAUAAUGUACUUCUGAAAUCAAGGAAGGCGGAGUAUACCGAUGAGGAAAAGCUGAUUUGGAAGGUGGGGGCCAAGUGCCAAAUAGUUUAUGGUCGCAAUGAAGGUCAAUAUGGGAUUAUACAAGGCAUGGAUGGCGAUAUUGGCCGUGUUAUGGUCAAGCUGGCGAAGACCAAGCAAAUUAUCAAAGUAAUGCAGGCAACCGUGCGUCUUGUUUCAUCUUCUGAGUUCGAGAAUUUUGGAUACGACUUAAAUAUAGGUGGGGCAAAGGAUUUCAAGUUUGAUGAUACCUUGGGGUGGAAGUGCGCUCAACGUGUCAGGAACGAGGGCGAUGGUCGAGGUGAAGGUAUGGUGGAAAUGUGCCCUUCGAAACGCAGAAAGGAAGAUGAACUGAAUCAGCCAUUAUCGUCUUCACUGGCUUUUGCUGGUGAUUAUUCUUGUUACUGCGGAGUUUUUGCCAAUUUUACAGGUAUUCCUGAGGAUGAGUUAGAGCCUACCGUUCCAAAACGCUUGGGUGACCUGUUAGUCGUUAUUCGAGGGCAAUAUUCGGGCAGAACUGGUAGAUUGGUAGAGCGCAGCCAUGGUUCAUUCCGGGCUCGCGUAUCCCUUGAUACCACGGGGGAAGAAGUGUUUCUCAACUACGAUGAUAUGUGCUGUCUGGGAAACCAUUGCUGA